AUGAGCCGAUUAAGUCAAUCACUACGCGCGUCAGUUUGUUCUCGCCGGCCUGCUUGUGUGGCUCGCGCGAUCGAUGCGCCCUCUCGUGCCUCUUACGUCGCUAGCCUGGCAGCUACGGCUACGGCGGUGACGGCACAUUCCACGAAUUUCAACGCCUAUGCCUGCGCGCAAGUCUACUGGCUGGCCAGAAUUGCCCUCCUCUCGCCGUUCGAAAGCAAUUGGCGUUCAGAGCGCAUCCCUGGUGCUUGCAGCGUUUCCCUACCCUUCAGCCAGUGUGCGGACGUGUGCGAGUGCGUGGGUGAUUUCUGUUGGCGGCAGGCCAUUCCUCCGGCAGCUUCUUUCCUAAAUACCCCGCGUCCAUACUGA